AUGAAACUUAUAUCCCAACAUUUCGAAAAAGAUUCAAGUGGAUCCAUAACAUUAGUCGCAGAAGACAAAGAAGAUUUAUUCACAUUAUACAACUUAAUUCAAAAAAAAGAUGAAAUUGAAUUGAAAACUUUAAGAAAUAUCAAGAAAUCAACAACAAAAGAUGGUUCAAAAGGUUCAAAAUCUAAAAAUGAAAAAAAAUUAUUAAAAUUAAAAAUUGAUAUUGAAGAAAUUGAUUUCACUCCACAAGAUGAAGUUAUGAGAAUUAGAGGUAAAACUAUUGAUUCAUUAGAAGAUGUUCCAUCAGGUACUUAUCAUACAGCAGAAAUAGAUUUCCAACAUCCUUUCACAUUAUAUAAAGAUGAUUGGGAUCAAGUUUCAUUUGAUUUGAUAAGUAAAAGUUGUAGUAUUGAUGAAAAAGCUGAAGUUGGUGCUAUAGUUUUACAAGAAGGUAUUGCACAUAUUUGUUUAAUUACAGAAAAUAUGACUGUUUUAAGACAAAAAGUUGAAAGAUCAAUACCAAGAAAGAAAAGAGGUGAUUCUUCUGCUCAUGAUAAAUCAUUAGAAAAAUUUUAUGAAUUAGUAAGUUCAACUAUAUCAAGAGAUUUAAAUCUUCAAAAAUUAAAAGCUAUAAUUAUUGCAUCUCCAGGUUUUACUGCUCAGGGGUUAUUUGAUAAAUUUUUCCAUAUGGCAACUAUAAAUUCUGAUAAAGAAACAUUACAAACCAAGCCAAAAUUCAUUGUAACACAUUCAUCAACUGGGUUUUUACAAGGUUUAGAUGAAGUUCUCAAGAAUGAAGAAAUUCAAAAAAAAUUAUCAACAACAAAAUUUGCAAAAGAUGUCAUUUUAUUAGAUGAUUUUUUUAAAAAAUUAAAUGAUGAUGAUGGUAAAGCAUGGUAUGGACCAAAAGAAUGUGAAAAAGCUAUAAAUAUGGGUGCUGUAAAGAAUUUAUUAUUAACAGAUUCAUUAUUUAGAAGUGAUGAUAUAAAUGAACGUAAACAUUAUAUUGAAUUAAGUGAAAUUGUUAAAAACACUGGUGGUGAUGUUACUGUUUUUUCAAGUUUACAUGAAUCUGGUAUUCAAUUAGAUCAAAUUACUGGUAUUGCUACAAUUUUAAAUUAUCCUGUUUUCGAUUUAGAUGAAGAUAGUGAUGAUGAAGAGUAA